GCGACGUUUUGCUCCUCUAUGACUACGAGACGGUCAGGCAUGCGCCUUAACUGAAAAUGAAGAGCUAUCAACUAACUGCAUUCACUUGGAUCAGAGCUUCGAUAAGAUGGCGCCUGUAUCAAAUUGGGUGUUCUUGAUCCUAAUUUUCCCUCUGCUACUGAAUCUUGGCUUCUCCAAAACCCUCAAACGCGACGUCAAGGCUUUGAAUGAGAUUAAAGCAUCGCUCGGUUGGAGAGUCGUCUACGCUUGGGUAGGCGACGAUCCUUGCGGUGAUGGCGAUCUUCCUCCUUGGUCCGGCGUCACUUGCUCAACUCAAGGAGAUUAUAGAGUUGUAACUGAAUUGGAAGUUUAUGCUGUGUCAAUUGUUGGGCCUUUUCCUACUGCUGUUACCAAUCUCUUGGAUCUUACUAGGCUAGAUCUGCAUAACAACAAACUGACAGGGCCUAUUCCUUCCCAAAUUGGGCGCUUGAAGCGUCUGAAGAUACUUAAUUUGAGGUGGAAUAAACUGCAAGAUGUCAUUCCUCCUGAAAUUGGUGAACUCAAGAGUCUAACUCACCUAUACUUGAGCUUCAAUAAUUUCAAAGGUGAAAUACCAAAGGAGCUGGCUAAUCUUCCUGAGCUCCGGUAUCUUUACUUACAUGAGAAUCGAUUUUCUGGGCGAAUUCCUGCAGAGUUGGGGACUUUGCAACAUCUUCGGCACUUGGAUGUUGGCAACAAUCAUUUGGUGGGUACUAUAAGAGAAUUAAUACGUUUUGAGGGUUGCUUUCCUGCACUUCGCAACCUUUACCUAAAUAAUAAUUACCUCACUGGAGGAGUCCCUGCACAACUGGCAAACUUGAGCAAUAUAGAAAUAUUGCAUCUAUCAUAUAAUAAGAUGUCUGGAAUAAUACCUGCUGGACUUGCUCAUAUUCCUAGAUUGACUCACUUAUACUUGGAUCACAAUCAAUUUUCAGGGAGAAUUGCUGAUGCCUUCUAUAAACAUCCGUACUUGAAAGAAAUGUACAUUGAAGGAAAUGCUUUCAGGCCAGGUGUAAACCCAUUAGGUGUCCAUAAAGUCCUUGAAGUCUCUGAUGCAGAUUUCUUAGUUUAGCAGACAUCAACCUAUUCUUUAAUUAUCUAGAUACUGUGAUCAAGUUCAUAUUUGACAUGCAAAUCAAUUUUUAUGAGUUUGUGAAUGAAAAUGGGAAAAUCCAAUACCUCUCUACAAAAAGUUUUGCUAA